CGUUCGCAUCGCUUCUGGUUCGGGUCUCACCUCUCGCGAUCAAAGCAGUAGCGGGUUCAGUGGCUUGGCGAAGGAAAAAAAAGGAGGAAAAAAAAAUAGCAAGGCUGUGCAGCGAGGAGACGACUCGACUCCAACUGGGAGGCGAAAAAUAAAAAAGAGGAUAAGGCGAGGCCCGACCGGGCGGCCACCGCGCUCCCAGAUCCGCUCCGCUGCCGUGGAGAUCCAGCUCCCUUGCGCGCCUGAGCGUGGACGCCGGCGUCUCGCUCCCGGAUCCCGACCUUGGGGUUGCAGCUGCUUCAGAUCCAGCGUUACCAGAUCUGUGACCCGCUGGCGCCUGGGCACAUGACACCGACGGUUUUAAUGGAGUUUGGGCAGCAGAGGCCAAUGAAACGGGGAUACGAGGAAAUGGUCUUCAGGGCAGCCUCUUCCCGUGGUUAUGCAGAGACUGUUGGCGAGUCGGGAGUUGCAGCUGGUAGUCCUCUUCGUGUUGAUUCUGAGGACUCAUCUGUGCCAAAGCGCAAGUGCAUCAGCCUGAACAGCGUUGGCUUUGAUGUGAAGCGGGAGAUCUUGGUGCCCUCUAAGAUGUCGUCAUCUGAACGGCGGUACCUUCGAAAGAGAUUCCGGGCAGAGCUUGAUUCGGUGCGGGAUCUCCUCAAGAAGCCAGAGUUUGCAGCCCCUGUUCCUCUCAAUCGGGCACCUGCUUUGUCAUCCUCAGCUGCACCUCGAGCUAAGAAGCCACAGAAGUCUCAGCGUGGUGGGACCAAUGUUAUACGUGGUGCAAAGGGACGAUUCUUGCCUACAAAACCGCGGCCGGAGACUUCCACUGUGUUAUCUGAAGCUGCAGCGUUUAAGCAGUGUGAAGCUAUUUUGAAGAAGCUUAUGACUCAAAAGUAUAGUCAUAUAUUCAAUGUUCCAGUUGAUAUUGUGAAGCUGCAAAUUCCUGAUUAUUUUGACAUUGUGAAGACCCCAAUGGAUCUUGGUACUGUCAAGAAAAAGCUUGAAUCUGGUUCAUACACAAGUCCAUCAGAUUUUGCUGCUGAUGUCCGGCUGACCUUUAACAACGCUAUGGCUUAUAAUCCGCGGGGGCAUGCUGUGCACGACAUGGCCAUCCAGCUGAACAAGAUGUUUGAGAGUCGAUGGAGGCCAAUUGAGAAGAAAUUGGCUUCUGCUGCCACUGAGAAACAUGUUGAGGUUGACAGGGCUGACUCGAAGAGGAGGAAGACACCUCCUGUGGACCGCAGUGAUGUGUCAAUGGAGUGUGCACGACAGACAGAGCCAGAAACACCGAAGAUGACAGCUGAAGAGAGGGAAGCCUUUGGGAACUGCUUGGCAUCCAUAUCUGAUGAGUUACCUCCUCACAUAUUUGAACUGCUACAACAAUGCAUCGACAGCAAUGCAGAUUUGUCUGGGGAUGGAGAGAUAGAGAUUGACAUCCAUGCUGUCAGUGAUGACUUGUUAUUUGAGCUGAAGAAACAUGUUGACAAGUAUUUGCAAGAGAAAGAGCAGAGCCAGCAGGUGAAAUCUGAGCCCUCCGAGAAUGAAGCUGUGAAUGUAUCUGGCCUUAGCCACUCUUCUACAAAUCCUUGCAAAGGCGGCGAACCUAUCGAAGAGGAUGUGGACAUCUGUGGCAAUGCCUCACCUAUCAUGCUAGACAAAGAUGCACAAAUCAGGAAUAGCAAGUGUGGUAGUCCAAGUAGUUCCAGCAGCGACUCUGAAUCAUCUUCUAGCGAUUCUGAUUCAGGCAGUGACUCUGAAAGCGAAUCAGAAAAAGUUGGCAGCCCUGGAAAGCUUGCGAAGGGGACUAAGAAACCUGAUCAGCUGGUGGAGCAAGAAAAGAGUGAUGUUAUUAGUCCAGCUGAUGCCAACCGUCCUGCUGCUAUUGUGGGGCUUCAUGGGGAGGACAGUGAGUCAAAGCCUGCACCAGGGGGGGAAAACUCAGAACCCGAUACACAAGUCUCACCAGACAGGCUAUUGCGAGCAGCCCUUUUGAGGAGCCGUUAUGCUGAUGUGAUUGUCAAAGCUCGUGGCAUUCUUAGUCAGGGUGGAGACAAACAGGAGGAGCUGGAAAAGCUACAGAAGGAAGAGAAAGAGCGCUUGUUGGCUGAAGGUACUGCAGCCAUGGAGGCUUGUAGAGCCGAAGCUGAAGCUGAAAAGAAGCGUAAACGGAAUUUUGAGAGGGAGAAGGCUCGUCAGGCCCUACAGGAGAUGGAGAGAACUGUAGAAAUUAAUGAUAACCUCCAUCUCAAGGAUUUGGAAUUGCUUGGAACAGCCACAACAGAACAUAUUGUAAGCUCUGUUGAUGAGACUAGUCCAGAACGCUCUCAUGAUGGCAUGGCCGGCUAUCAUCCAGGAGCUGUCAAUCCUUUGGAGCAACUUGGACUGUUCAUAAAGGUAGACGAUGAGGAAGACGACGAGCAGUGUUCCCUGCAUUAAAGAAAGAAGAGAAAGGAGAAAUCAGCUGAUGGUGCUGUGUUUUUCCAUGCCCUGUCACGGGCUAGGGGCUGGUGCCAACCUAUUGAUCCAAAGUGAUCACCUGUUGCGGGCCAUCAUGUGUGGCAAUGGUUCUAAACUGGGGUGGUGAGAGCCGUCCAUUUUGUUAAAAAUAUGCAUGGGAAGGAUGAAGAUCAUCUUGCAUAGUCAUUUGCUUCCAGGAGGCGCACAGGAGGUGGAGUAAAAACGAACGUAUUUAUGGUGCCUAGAGGACGGUUUUUUCAGCCACUGCCAAAACGGCUUGAAUGACGCCACCGAAGUAGUGGAGUUCAAAUGGCUCAUUGUUUGCCGCAACCUCAAUUUCAAGCGGGUUUGUUCAGC